AUGGAAGCUCUAGGGGAUCUCUACACUGCGGGACUGCACAACGUGGGUCUGGUACCGCUGAGCGACGUCGAUGCCCAGAGAAGAUGCACCGUGUACCUGGAGGACGCCGUGGAGAAGCUCAAGGAGCUCAUCAAGAGCGAGGAGGUCGAGCUGUCCAACAAGAAGACGGAGCCCGGAGCCGUACCCGAUAACACUCUGAACGAGCUCAAAAACACCCUCACAAUUCUCAGCAACACCGGCGGCAUUGUCCAGCCCUCCAAGGGACGGUACACCUACAAGAACUACACCUACAAGGCGUCACAAAAGUUCUGGGAUUACUGGGACAAGAUCAAGAAGCAGGUUGUGGAGAUCAACGAGGGAGUCACUCGGCACUCAGAUGACUUCAACCAGAAAAUGGCCACCGCUGAUGCCCUUGAGAAGGGUCGAACCAUUUAUUAA